UCUCUCUCUCACUCGCUCUGUUUUCAAGUUCUUUCUCUUUCCUUUUUAGUUUUGGUUUAAUCAGAGGCUAAAGAAAAAACACAUAAACACGCUAUAGUAGGAAUAUAGUUUUCGUUAGAGAGAUAAAGCCUAAGUUUUCUCAGUCAUUUCUAUUUUUUUUUUGUGAUAUUGAAAUCACUUGCUUCAUCGGAGGGUCAUUUCAGGAAAUACUGUUUCGGUUCGUCUUUUCAAAUCUAUGGAUGUCGGUGUGGUUGUUCUUGUUGGAUGCUUUGGGAAAGAAAGAAACUCUGGUUCUGCAAGAUUUUACCAGCAAUGGCCUCUCUUUUACAGUCAACUACUUUAUUAUUCAUAUUCUCCAUUACAUUGAUUCUUAUCCCAAAUAGACACGCUAUUCCCUUCAUCGUAUUGCGCGGUAAUGUUCUUAUCCCAAUCUCUUUUCUUUUUAAUUUUAAUUGCCUAUUGGGUUUGAAUUAAUCAAAGUUUCUCACUUUCACUUGUUAUGUUGGGUCAAUUGUUGAUUUCCAUUGAAAUGGGAACUAUGUUUUUGGAGAAACCAAUGAACCACGAUGAUUGUUUACUUGGUAGGGUCAUUGAAACCUGUCAUAUGCUAUGAAGCUCUAUUAGUAGUAAUUGUAGAGCAUGGUGAUAAACAAAAUGGGUAGUGCAAGAUGUUUGUUAUCGUCUUGCUGGCAAAUUUUGUUCCAAUGCAAGGAUGAAAUUUAUUGUUCUACUUUGGGGGGAGAAAGCACGCCUGGCCAACAAUGAAACACUCAGUGUACCUAUAUUCAGUUAUAAGGAUAUGGUGAAGUUAAGAAGAGAAAAUCGUGCUACACUUAUUGAUUCUCUUGAUGCUAAUGAUAUUGCUACCAUUGUAUAUAUGAGUGGAACCACUGGUAACCCAAAAGGCGUUAUGCUUUCACAUACAAACUUAUUGCACCAGAUAGAAAAUUUGGGGAUUCUUGGACCUGCUAAAGCGGGGGAUAGAUUUCUAAGUAUGCUUCCUACUUGGCACACAUAUAAGCGGGAUUGUGAAUAUUUUCCAGAUAGAAAAUUUGGGGGUUCUGGUACCAUGUUCACGGGUACCAUGCUCAAUUGUUAGUUUAUUACUGAUUUAAAUAUGUUGAUUAUGCAUAUUUUUAUUUUGUUUUGUAGGAUGAUUUGAGAAAUUAUAAGCCAAAUUACAUGAUUUCAGUACCUUUAUUGUAUGAAACACUCUAUAGGUAUGUCAUUUACUUGGGACAUCGAUGACCUUAA